UUCUGUUGACACUUCAGUUGGUGACUCCAUGGCUAUGAUAGCAACUGCUAGAGAUGUAGGAAGGCAAAAUAUCACAUCUCAGAGAAAGUAUUAUUGCACUUUUUGUAAAAUGCCUGGACAUUCCUUAGAAAGGUGUUUUAAGGCUAACCCUGAGAAACCAGUGUGCAGUCAUUGCAGAAUGCCUGGCCAUGUUGCAGAAAAAUGCUUUAAACUUCAUGGUUAUCCACCAGGCCACAAGCUCCAUGGGAAGGGCAGACCAGCUUUUGCCAAUCAAGUCACUACCCUCAUGCCACCUGGACAUGAGCAAAUCAACAACAACCAAGCAACACUCACUCAAGAGCAAUAUUCACAGCUGAUUGCCUUGCUCAAAUCACAACCCAGUCAUUCUCACACAGCUUCACUUAAUCAAGUGCAUUCCCUCAGUCAUUCUGAAUCUGACAUGUCAAAAAUAUCUGGACCUUUUAACUUGGAAAACGACUGGAAUGGGUGAAGUGAGGAAUGGCUUGUAUCACCUACUGAGGAAUGAAGUCUCCCCUACAGCUUUAGUUGAAGUCCUAUCCUCUCUAACCACCAACACUGUCAUUUCUGCUUCUGUCAUCAACAACCAUGAAGGUUUCAGUCUAUGGCACUAUAGACUUGGGCACCUCUCAGAUUCUAGGAUGAACUUGAUUAGCAAAAAUGAAAUUUCUGAUUUUGAUGUUGCUACCAUACCUUGCUCAGUUUGCCCUUUAGCAAAAUUACACAAACUACCUUUUCCUACUAGCCAUCAUAAAUCAGAAAAAUGUUUUGAUUUAGUCCACUGUGAUC